UACUUUUUUGUUUUUUUUUUUUUUCACCUUUCAUAUUUUCUAGCUCUGCCUUAAGACCCUAGCUCAGAGCUUUGUAUCAGAAACCACAAUUCACUCAAGUCUCUGUUCUGUGUUCUGUACCACCGCUCACUUCUCCGUCGUCCCAACUCAAAAAUGAGCUGGUGGUGGGCUGGAGCCAUCGCGGCUGCCAAGAAGAAAUUAGAAGAAGAUGAACCAUCCGGAACCAUCCAGAGCGUGGGGCUGGUAGUCGGCGUGACCGGAAUCGUGGGGAACAGCCUCGCCGAAAUCCUGCCUCUCUCGGACACCCCCGGCGGUCCAUGGAAAGUGUACGGCGUGGCGCGUCGGCCCCAGCCGGCCUGGAACGCCGACCACCCAAUCGAGUACAUCCAGUGCGACAUCUCCGACCCAGACGACGCCCAGGCCAAGCUCUCCCCCUUAACCGACGUCACCCACGUGUUCUACGUCACGUGGACCAACCGCCAGUCGGAAUCCGAGAAUUGCGCUGCCAACGGCGCCAUGCUCCGGAACGUCCUCGGCGCGUUGAUGCCUAGCGCCCCCAACCUCCGCCACAUCUGCCUCCAGACGGGGGCCAAGCACUACAUGGGCCCUUUCGAGUCCAUGGGCCAGAUCCAGGCUCACGAACCGCCAUUCACCGAGGACAUGCCGAGGCUCAACGUCCCCAACUUCUACUAUACCCUCGAAGACAUUCUCUUCGAGGAGGUCGAGAAAAAGGAAGGCCUCACCUGGUCCGUCCACCGACCCAACCACAUAUUCGGUUUUUCUCCUCACAGCUUGAUGAACGUGAUCGGAGCUCUCUGUGUCUACGCCGCCAUAUGCAAGCACGAGGGAACUCCAUUGAAGUUCCCCGGAGUUAAAGGCACAUGGGAGGGCUACGCCGUGGCUUCCGACGCCGAUUUGAUAGCGGAGCAGCAUAUAUGGGCGGCGGUGGACCCGUACGCGAGAAACGAGGCGUUUAACAUCAACAAUGGCGAUCUGUUUAGGUGGAAGCAUCUGUGGAAGGUUUUGGCGGAGCAGUUUGGGAUUGAGGAGUAUGGGUUUGAUGGUGAGGGAGAGAGGUUGAAGUUGACGGAGAUUAUGAAGGAUAAAGGGGGUGUUUGGGAGGAGAUUGUGAGGGAAAAUCAGUUGCUGCCGACGAAGCUUGAGGAGGUGGCUGUGUGGUGGUUUGCGGAUUUCGUGUUGGGUUUGGAUCCUCUGAUAGAUAGUAUGAAUAAGAGCAAAGAACAUGGGUUCUUGGGGUUUAGGAACUCCAAGAAUUCCUUCAUCACUUGGAUUGAUAAGAUGAAGGGUUACAAGCUUGUGCCUUGAUGCACCUUUGUAUUACUAAUCUGGUGUUACAAGGUAUAUUUGCAUAUGUCUAUUAUGUUCCUUUUCUGUUCCUUUUGUAUGUUUCUUGUAAUUUGAAGAAAAAAUAAAGAAAUUUAGCAAUAAAAAGAACCUUUCAAUCCAAA